AUGAGACUGAACCCUCUUCUUUGUCAUGGUAAUUUUGAUCCAUCGGCUGAAAGUGCUCUUCUUUGUCAUGCUGACUUUGAUCCAUCGAAUGAAAGUACUCUUCUUCGACGUGUUGAUGUUGAUCCAUCGGAUGAAAGUACUCUUCUUCGUGUUGUUGAUUUUGAUUCAUCGGAUGAGAGUACUCUUCUUUGUCAUGUUGAUUUUGAUCCAUCGAAUGAAAGUACUCUUCUUCGUCGUGUUGAUUUCCGUUCGAAUUUGUUGAAUGGCUUGAUGCCGUUUGAAUUGAGAUGUUCGGCGGCUAUUGUGUAG